CCUUCCGCUCCGCACCUCUCAUCCUUCUCACCAAUCGCUCAUCUCGCUCACCUCGCUCGUCAACAAACAUGACCUCUCUAGUUACCAUCCCGGGCUCCGUCGCCCUCCACCUCCCCGCUCGUGGCGUGGCGCCCGUUCCCAUGGCCCACGGUGACCUCCAGCUUACUCUUCUGCCUGCCGACCCUCCCACUCGCAAGGAAGAUGUCCUCACUCUGAGCGUGGGCUCGUCCUUCUUCGUGGUCGCCAAGAACAGUCCCGUCCAGCGCAUCCGCAGCAAGAACGAGCAUCCCAGCUUUGUCUUUACGCCCGCGCCACCCGAGGGCGGCCAGAGCAUCGGUCAGGUGCGCAUCGAUAUGUCCGACUCCACGUCCCCCGAGGCGUGGGAGCGGACAGAGGAAGGAUGCCGCGCACUCGAGGCCGAGCUCAAGGCCCAUGGUGCGUGGGAGGACAAGGUGCUGUUCGUCGACGACGAGUACGAGACGGAUGGGCCUAUCACGGGUCCCAAGACGGGCUGGGGCGAGACAAUCGCUAGCAGCGUCAUGGGGGGCGCGUCGUGGCUCGUUGGCCGUCUCUCGGGCGCCCAAGCUGCCGAGCCGACACUUCCCACCUCUGCGCCACAGGCACCUGGAACGCGUGCUCCCGCCCCUGUCCCCGCGCCGCAUCCCGAGGAGCAGCCCGCCGACCUUAAGGCAGCGGCCGCCGAAUCGUGGACGCAAGUCGGCAUCGCCGCGCGCGGCAUAGGUCAGGCUGCCGUUCAGGUCGGCGGUGCCAUCGGACAGCAGGCGCGCAGCGCUGUCGGUGGCCUGCGUGAGCAGGCACCGGCUCCCGUUGACAAGGGCGCUGCGUCGCCCGCCAAGGACGGUGCGGCCAUCGCGCCGGCGACGUCGCCGUCGACGUCAGCGACCACAGCCUCUCUCGAUGCGCCCUCCGCGCCCACCGCCCCAGCCGUCAAGGAGGAGGCGGCCGCCAUCAAGGCGCCCAAGGCCGAGGUAAAGAAGGAGGUGAAGGAAGCCAGAGAGCCCGUUCCGGCGUAAAAAUCAAAGUGUGAGGUUCUCUCCGCGCGACGGCGAAGAAGCAGUUAGACGGCAGGUAUCAGGCAGGCAUGUACAUGACAUAGCAGCGAGUUGAGAGUGUGAUAAGCUAGGGUCGGUGAUGCUUCUCCAAUC